AUGGGCGCGGUGGCGUCGACGGUGGCGGCGCGCUUCGCGUUCUUCCCGCCGACCCCGCCGUCGUACGGGGUGGAGCCGCCGCCGUCGCCGGCCGCGGCGGCGGCGGACUCGGAGGUGGUGGAGCUCAGCGGGGUGCCCGUGUCGCGGGGCCGCGGCGUGGAGGCGCGGCGGCUGCCCACGAAGCGCGGCACCGAGGUGGUGGCCAUGUACGUGCGCCAGCCCGGGGCGCGCCUCACGCUGCUCUACUCCCACGGCAACGCCGCCGACCUGGGCCAGAUGUACGAGCUCUUCGUCGAGCUCAGCGCCCACCUCAACGUCAACCUCAUGGGUUAUGAUUAUUCUGGGUAUGGACAAUCAUCUGGGAAGCCAAGUGAGCAAAACACUUAUGCUGAUAUAGAAGCUGUUUAUAGGUGUCUUAUAGAAACAUAUGGAGCCUCUGAGGAAAACAUCAUUCUAUAUGGUCAAUCAGUGGGAAGUGGCCCUACUUUGGAUUUAGCAUCUCAUUUGCCUCAUUUACGAGCUGUUGUUCUACAUAGCCCAAUUUCAUCUGGUUUAAGAGUGAUGUAUCCUGUAAAGCAUACAUAUUGGUUUGACAUAUAUAAGAACAUUGACAAAAUUCCUCUGGUCAAGUGUCCUGUAUUAGUUAUACAUGGUACAGCUGAUGAGGUUGUUGACUGUUCUCAUGGGAGGGCACUAUGGGAACUAUCCAAAGUGAAAUACGAGCCUCUGUGGGUCAAAGGAGGGAACCACUGUAAUUUGGAACUGUACCCAGAAUACAUUAAGCACCUGAAAAAAUUCGUCAAUGCCAUUGAGAGAUUGCCACCAGUUAAAGAUGAAUCUCCUGAGAGUUCAGGUCCUUUAGAUCCUAGUGAAACAGGAUCCGAAAGUGCAGAGAGCUCACAGAGAAGCACCGAUAUCCAGGACAAACCAAGAUCAAGCAUUGAUCAUAGACCUAGCAUUGAUCGACGGGAGAAACCUAGGGGAAGUAUAGACAGGAGAGAUAAAAGCAGAAAGAGCGUUGAUCAGCUUGACAAACCACGGGCUAGUGUGGAUCAAACUGACAGGCCACGGAAGAGCAUCGAUCGCUUUGGGGGGAUGAUGAGGUCAGUCAAAUUGUGCAAUAUUGACUGUUUCACUGCGGCUUCUGGGAGCUGA